ACAAUUCUACAGAGAGAGCAAUUGUUUCCAGUCAAGAGAGGAACGCCAGAUGAUACUUAAGCACAUAACAAAAGCUUCUCCAAAUUAUAGCUGGACGACUAACCAAUCCUCGUGGCUUUUCUCUGACAGGGACUGUCGAUUUCUUAUGUUAUACAUUUUUUUUCUCACUUCAAGCCAUAAGUCCACCCAGGUGUUGUUAAACCACUUAACCAGGAGAGCGGGGAAUCACUGUCCCCGUGCGUAAACUCUUCGUCGCACUCGGCACUGAUGGCGGCGACCAAGCGAGCUGGGCGACAGCGCGAACAGCUUCCACACUGCUACUACGAAGGAUUCCUGGAAAAAAGGUCAUUCGAAGACAAGGCAUCUCGGAGACUAUGGACAUGCUUGUGUGGAAACAUUCUUUUCUUCUACAACAACACCAAUGACAAUUAUUAUGUGGAGAAACUAGAGCUCCGUGGCCUCAUCUCCUUGAUGGAUGACUGCAGUCGGGACAGAAACCUGGAGGCAGCCAGACUCAUCCUGCGCAUGGAGGAUGGGGAGAUCAAAAUCACUGCCCCAAGUCUAGAGGCUCGAGAACUAUGGAAAGGUUUCAUCUACUCUGUAGUUGAGCAUUCAGUGCCAAGCUCACUCAACCUGCUGCCAGGCCAGAUCCACAUGAUGAGAGAGACGGUAGAGGCCGAGAGGGAGAGACUGAAGACCCUGUCCCCUACCCCUGCUGCAGCAUCCAGCUCCAAACUUUACCUCAGCCUCGUAGGGGACAUGCCUGCGUGUUUUCAGCCCGUGUCUCGUACUGAGGCAGAGAUGACUUUGGAGAGACACUCUGACUGUGGGAACCUGCUGAUUCGGCCUAGCAGGGAUGGCGCCUCGUUGGCUGUCACCACUCGACAGGACCUCAAUGGGUCUGUGUUCAGACACUAUCGCGUGACCAGGAAACAUGACGGAGGAUACGUCAUCGAUGUAGAUACUCCAAUCUUCUGUGCCACACUGCAUGAUGUCAUAAACUGUCUGGUCGACAAGACUAAUGGAACUCUGACACCCUUCAUUAUGGAAGGACCGUACGAAGAGAGCAUCACGUUUGUUCAGGCAAAUGAGGAGAAUGGAGAGAGUCUGCAGUGUGUGCCCAGUACUCCCAUGCACCCUGUGUCAGUCCCUGCUCUACCUCCCAAACCAGGUCCAAGAGGGCGUGUACCAACUCCAGAACCUGAGUCCGAUACAGGAGUGAGCCUUGACCUCAAUGAUACCCAGAAAGAAAAGAAAGACACUACUUUGCAGCCUGCUCACCCCUCUCAGACUCCUCCCACACGCUUUCGUCUGCCAAGACCUGAGAGGAAGGCCCUGAUGCCACCACUGGUGCCCUCUGUUCGUACACCUCAUACCUCCCACUCGACCUCCACAGAUACCCCUGACACCAGGUUGAGAAGCAUCACUGUGACUUCUCUCCCACCACACGCUGUGGCUCAGACCAUAUCUGAGGAGCUCAAGUUGAAGUUGGAGAAGAGGCGGGCGCAAUAACAGUAACCUCUCCUGGCAGCUUAGUCAACCAGCAAGUGGAAAAACCUGCUACAGCAAUGGCUUCACAACAAAAUGGGGACACUCAACAUUCUACUACUACUGCCCAAACAUGUCACUUUCUCUGGUAGACAGAGAGACAUGGACCGUAUUUCCCUCUGUCAGACUCAGGCUCUGGGCUACUCUGGCCGCCUCCUCCCCUGGGCCGGGUGCCUGGGUCUCCCUGUUCCUUCUCAGCUGGGCUGUGUAUGCUCAGACUCUGAGAUGAAUGACUUAUCGAUUGCUCCUUCCAGUAUCGCUUCAUCCAAACCAGACACUAGCAAAUUUAACAGACUGUAAAUCGGCAUUUAAUUGUCACAUUCGCACCACGGUUGUUUUGUAUAUUUGCACAUUUAUUGAAAAAGUCUAACUACGUAAUUUUUAAAGAUAUUUUUUUAUGUAAUCCAAUAGGCCUACAGUAUCAAUUCUAAACCUGUCAGUGUUUUUGUUUCUUUGUCGUUUUUUGACAUGCUACGGUAUUCUAUAUUUAUAAUGAUAUCGCUAUACAUUUGUCUCUCAAUUCUACAACAGACUUUUGUCAAAGGCAAUGAAGCCAAUGUCUCCUGAAUGAAAUAAAAGGAGUCACCGGUAUUA